AUGAACAGAAUCUUUGAGUCAGAGAGUGACCAAGAUGACAAUGACGGCAGCAAUGAGGCAACCCGAGGGAAACGCACCAGAGCUCCAUUGGCCUUACCAACUGCUCCAACCAUUGGUCCUCCAGCUGUCACCAGUAGUGAACAGCCCAGAGGAAACCACACCAGGGCUCAAUUGGCCUUACCAGCUGCUCCAACCAUUGUUCCUCCGGCUGUCAUCACGCCAGCAAUUUUGCCUCCAACUCCCUCCAGACCAGAACUUUCUCCUUCAAGUUUCCAAAAUGCAGCAACCCCUCGUGUGCCCAGGGUAAACGACCAACUGAUGUGUGAGCCAAUUCUACGGGAGAUAUUAACAACAAUGGAGACCAUUAAGCAGCAACAGCAGAUUAUUUUGCUACAGUUGCAAAAUAAUCUUCGAAAGCCUAUAGAGGUGCCAGAGGUUACUGGAAUUCCUCUGAAAACACUGGAAGAACUCCUGAACCUUGAGCAGUUCGUUGCUGCACAGGAGGAACACAAACAAAAACUGGUCACCUACUUUGGUCUGGCAGGGGGCUUAACAAUAAAGGAAACAGUUUGGCGAAUAAUGGCUAAACUGAUGACGAACCAGCUGGCCAAGCAAAUCAACUGGCGUGGAGUACAUGGGAAAUAUGGUUUUGAGCAGCUUGUCCUAAAAGAUGUUGUCCUCAAAUCAGUGCGGCAAAAUUCUGCAACUGCAAGCGCACCAGAUGGAGAAAUUGAAAAGUACAUAAAAAGGUGGUUGCAGCUGGCAUCGGACAGGGAUGGAGGAAGAAGGGAACGGGCCAUGAAACAAGCAAAUUCUUAGUAGGGUACACUAAAGGUCCACUGGUCCACAAGGAUGUUUUGGGCAGUGAGAGUUGUUCUUUUUUUGGAUCUGUUUAUUGAUCUGUUCUGUUUUUGAUCUUUUUUUUUAUCAUCAAUGUAAAAUACUGCUGCACAUUUAGAAUAAAGUUUUAAUGUAUUUGA